UAAAACAGCUGGGGGGGGGGUUACCUUGUGCUGUUGCGGGACUGCGCGCGCUCCUCAGUGCAGUGGUGGUGACGUUUUGGUCAAGUGAUAUGACGUCACGAUAUCGUGCGCUUCUGGAUUUGGCUGGAGAAGAUGGCGGCCUCCUCAGGAGUUAAAGUUCCACGCAAUUUUCGUUUGUUGGAGGAGCUGGAAGAGGGACAGAAGGGUGUUGGUGAUGGCACAGUAAGCUGGGGUCUGGAAGAUGAUGAGGACAUGACUUUAACACGGUGGACAGGAAUGAUCAUUGGACCUGCGCGAACUAAUUAUGAAAACAGGAUAUACAGCCUGAAAGUGGAGUGUGGACCUAAAUAUCCUGAAUUACCACCAACUGUUAGAUUUGUAACAAAAAUUAGCAUGAAUGGAAUAAAUAAUUCCAAUGGGAUGGUGGAUGCACGUAGCAUACCAAUUCUAACAAAAUGGCAAAAUUCUUAUAGCAUUAAAGUCGUUCUUCAAGAGCUAAGGCGUCUAAUGAUGUCCAAAGAGAAUAUGAAGCUUCCUCAACCACCAGAAGGACAGACGUACAGCAAUUAAUUGUAAAUGAUUGUUUUUGACCCUCUGUCUUAAACCUUACUCUCCUAGAAAUGUCUCAAUGUAAGUCAGCAGAGAACAAAGAUUAAAAAAAGGAAAAACAAAAAAAGAUCGACUCACUCCACACAUGAACAGACAGCACUGCAGGGGCGGGAUUGGACAUUUCUAAUAGUUUAGCUUCUCUGGAAAAAAAAAAAAACGAAACGCCUAUAAUGUGAGGCUGUGUGUGAAAUUCUGUUUUAAAAUUGAGUGCACAAAUCCGUUUCCUCCACUUUGACCAUCUCAACUUUUUGUUCUGAACCAUGUUUUUUUUUUCUUGUAGGCAAAAACGGCAUGGCAGAAAUGCAAGAUCUGUUUCUUUUACGUUAAAAUGACUGGACACCAAAACUUAAGAUAAAAAAUUAAGAUGCAUAUAUGACAGCAUGCUGAUAAAAUCCUAUAAAAUAGUUUGGAGGAAUUAAAAAAGAGAAACCAGCUGUUUAAUAAGUUGUUAGUUAGCUGAAUUUAUUGGGUGUGUUGGAAACCCUCACUGACGAUUAUUCUGAGGUUAUUAAAGUGUGCCUGUAGUCUUACCUGUAGUUUCACAAAGGGGAGGGACUGGCUUUUUUCUUUUGGGUUUUUUUGUUUGUUUAAUUAUUAUUAUUAUUAUUUUUAUAUCUGUAUUUGACACAAUAGCAGUUUGUUUCAGUGCGGUAUCUUACGUGUAACAGAUGCUCUAUUCUGUUUUAAAUGAAUCAAUCCAUGCAUUUAACUACAAGACGUGUCCGGUGCAUUAAAAAAAAGUGACUGCAACAUUCAGAGCAUUUUCUAUCUCUCCUUCUAUUCUUUCUUUCUUUUCUUUCUUUCCGACACGAGCUCACUGUAUGUACACACACACACACACUGCUAAAUGUUAAACGUGCAUUACUCUAUGAUGCAACAAACCUCUGAAAGUCUGAGGAUUUUCUGCGGGACGCCUUCAGACCCUGAUUUGCUUCUUCUGAUUUGAUUAUUCUCACGUUUAAAUUUAUAUACAGCCGCACUGUAUCCGUACUGAUCAGAAUUAACUGGUUUUCCCCACAUUGUUAUAAUAUAACUGCAGCAAUAAAUUGAUGUAAUAAAUUGUGAUUAGCCCAUGUAACACUUUAGCAAACCCGCACUGAACUUUAGUAAUCCACUUAUGAGCCUAAUUUCAAGUUAUCUGGGGAAAAAAAAGAACACUGUAAUAAUUAUAAUAAAAUUGAGUAGUUAACAUAGUUGUUUUAUGUUAAUAAGCUAUAAACACACUAAAGAGUGAUGUUAUUGGGCAGAAGGUGUUUUUGUUAUAUGAAUCUGUGCGUUUCAGAACCACCUAAUCACUUAAAAAGUUGUUUGCAACGAGUGUACUCAAUUAACACCGUUCUGUUUAAUGAAGCAUCUCAUGAAGCAUUUUGGUCCCUUUUUAUUUUCUUUAUUUUUAUUUUUUUUAAAGAUAUAUAUUCUGGUUAUGUUGAAUUUGUGACACAGGGGCUGUAUUCAGGAUAAUAAAUCAAAUAUUGUGGAACACAAA